AUGGCAUCUGCGACACCGGCUUCUACAGAACAAGCGCCCCCAAGGCCUCUGUCGUUCGCCAAGGUUGCGGCUUCCGCCAUAAAGCCUCAGAUGUCGAAGGAUGCUGCUCCGAAAGCGAGACCGCCUGUCGCGACACCCAGAAUACCCGUGGUCGCUCAGAAGGCGCGCUCCCCACACAUGCAUGGCGAAGUAGCACCCAAAAUGCUCGCGGAAAAGCGAGAGGAUACCGAUGCGAGCAGCAGCGCUGAAAAUGCCAUAUCGCAGCCCGCGCAACAGACAGGUCCUGCUGAGCUUUCAGAAGCACGCUCCACGGAUGCAAAAGGAGAUGACCCCGAUAGGCCUCAGUCUGCCGCUGUGGUGAAGGUGUCUGUCACCGAGGACGGCAGCACUCAGCUAUCCUCAUCAGAUGGAUCUGGGAAACCUCCCAGCAUUGAUGGAAAGAGUGUUGCUUCUGCGACAACAUUUGCACUGGACGAGAAGGAGUCUUUACGCCCAGAUGACAGUGCUAGCCUCAGGGCAGUCGAGGAAGAGGAUGUCACAUCUCCGCCGGACUCGGUCGUUGCAGACUCCAGGCAGGGGUCUGACCAUGGCGCUGCGCGUGCCUUCCGGGAUCAGUUACAUGAAAUAGCUGUGAUGAAUCCUCAGCCUCAUCGAGGGGUUCCCGCAGGUCGGUUUCCGACGCUACCCAAUGGUCCGCAAACAUUGUACGACCCUAACCAGUCGCUAAACGGCGCGGGGCCCAUGCCACAGCCUCUGGUCAACGGUAUGCCUUCACUGAAUGGUGUUCCGAAUAUGCCCGCCAUUCCAGACGAGAAGUUGCUCGAGGCGCUACGGUCUCCACGUGACCGGCUGUUCGUUGUGAAGAUAGAACAAGACUUCAUUGAUUUCAUCAAAGACUCUCGCGAAAACGAAUUGUGUCUGCCGAAUUGUAAUACAUUUUACAGGAUGCUUGCUCACCGUCUUGCCGACUACUACUUGCUCGGCCAUGUAGUUGACAACACCAUGACGGGUGUAAAAAUUACACGUACCCCUUACUGUAGAAUUCCUCCCCCCGUUUCACAGAUGGUAGAUCCCGCCAAGGGCACCAACACACCUCCCGUAGAGCUCCCUGCUCGGAAAAUCAUGCGUCGCGACGAUGGCAAAUCAGGUACAAACACUGGAGCCAACUCGCAGAAUGCCUCGAAGACGACCUCUGAAAUGGGUGGUAGCGAGGGCAGUAACGAUGGUGAAGGCAACAAAGACAAAGCCGCUCUAUCCAGAGAAGAGCGAGAGGCGCGCUAUCGUGAGGCUCGUCAGCGCAUCUUUGGUAGCGCGGAAAGUGAAGAGCCCGACACGGCCGAAGGCAACGGAUCUGGAGAAGACAAAGACAAAGGGAAGGAUGUCUCACGAUCAAGCUCAGCCGCUGGAAAGAAGAAACCCAAGAAGCAGCGCAAUUACGACGACGACGACUUCCAGGCUCGGUCCCGCUUCAAUGUUUACUACCCGCAACAAUACCCUGUGGCUACAUAUACUGGAGACAAUGCGGUCUACUACAACGGCUACCCAGCACCUGCGCAGAAUGCGCCGUACGCGACUAUGAACCCUGGUGCAUCGCCUCCAGCAACAUACAGCAACCCGUAUCCGGGCAUGAUGCCCCCAGAAGCGCAGUCACAGUAUGGCUGGGCUGGUCAGCAGUACCAGGGUCCUAAUGGGUCGCUGAUGACGUACCCCAAUUAUGGACAGAUGCCGAAUGGGUAUGACCUUUCAACGGACUUCCAGCGGGGUAUGUCAUCGUUCCAGAGCGCUGGUAUGCCCUCCCAGAUCACCCCAAAGAUGGCCAAUCCACAGAUGGCGUCUUACCAAGAUACCUAUCAGCAGCCUCAACAUAUGCCUAUGAACUCAGGCUGGUCUCAACAAAAUCAGCAGCCAUCAUUCCACAUGGGUCAGGGCGCAUAUGGUGCCCAGAAUGGUCCCGGCAACCGGCCAAUGUCUGCACCUCAUCAGGCACCGAUGCCUGGCUACCCAUAUGGACAGUUCGUCUCAAAUGCUUACAACGGAAAGCCCAACCGCAACCAGCACCCUCUUCCUGGAAGUUAUAAUCGGGGACAGUUCAACCCGCAAACCCAAGCUUUUGUUCCCGGUGGACGUAAUAUGCCCUUUGGAAUGCAACAAAACAUGAUGCAAGGACAGCCUCAGAUGAACGGGUAUGGUGGAUACCAGAUGUCUGCCCAGGCUUCCAUGCCUGGUCAGAUGUCAAGACCUAAUCCUUCCGCUACUUCCACACCGCCGUUUGGGUCGCCUCAAAGUAUGCAGGGAAACAACUCAGCCACAUCCAUGAACCGAAUUGCUUCACAGUCUGGUGACCCGGGUUCAUCCCAAAGCAGCAUCGCAAAGUAUGGU